UUUUGCAAACCCUAACUCCAGGAAGAUUAAUCUGGCUCCUCUUUUCGUUCUUCUCCUUCUCUUUCUUGGUGUCAUAUGCUCGUGCCAAUUUCCGUAAGCACGUGCGAUUCAAUCGGUGUUUCGCCGAUUCAUUUCCCCCCUUUUUUAAUUUUAUUUUUUACAGUCAUCGUCACCGUGACUCUCGUUCUGACCAUCGGGUUUCUUGAAUCUCCGAUUGCAACUGCUCUUGCUUCUGCUUUCAAAUAGCUUUUCUUUUCCUCAGGUUCAUUUUUAAGGUUACAUAUAAUACUCAAUUGCCAUUAAAGUGAUGUAUUUGAAGUGGCUAUUAAAAGAGGGGAAAAAGAAGGAAACGUGAAUGAUUGUGGAUGGUGCAAUUGUAAGGCAAAAUUCGGCUUAACUUAUGCAGCUCUUUCUAAUUGUGUUCGUUGCUAAGAAAAGGUGGAAAAGAAGAAGGAAUAAGGAUUGAGAUGAAUGUACGGGCGCGGAUGUCAGGACAGGUUCCUAAUCGAAGUUUGCCCCAGCAAAAUGGGAACCCUCCCCAACUUGCUCAGAUGCAGAAUAUAGGUACAGGAAGUGCUGGUUCUGGUGGCAUUGGAGACUCUCAGCAUAAUUUGUUGAUGAUGGAGCCUGAACUCCUAAAAACACGUGAAUACAUGCGAGGAAAGAUCAUUGAUAUUUUGAAAUUGCGGCACCAGCAUCCAGUUACUGAGGCAUCAAUGAUAAAGACUCGGGAUUUUGCAAGACGGUUGGAAGAAGGUCUGUUUAAGAUCGCUCAUACGAAGGAGGACUAUAUAAAUUUGAAUACUUUAGAGCACCGCUUACAGACUCUAAUAAAAGGGAUCCGAAAUGUGCGCAACCAACAACAUCUGCAGUUUGUUAAAUCGGCACCAGAAUCAACACCGGUUGGUACAAUGAUACCAACCCCUGGUAUGUCGCACAAUGACAAUUCUAGUAUGGCUGUUACACCUUCGACAGAUACUCAUAUGAAUGCUGCCAAUGCAAGUGUAGCACUUACGAAUGUCAAUGCAGGAAGCAUGUUUCCAACCGCUGACAUGAAUAGCGGUUCUGUCAGUAGAUCGGAUGGAAAUGUAUCUAAUGGGUAUCAACAAUCACCUGCAAAUGUUGCUAUUGCUUCAGGUGGAAUGUCUUCAACUGGCGUGCUAAGAAUGACAAGCCAAAUGAUUCCCACUCCUGGAUUUAAUAGUAAUAAUAGCACUAGUAACUGUAAUAAUCAGUCUUCCAAUAUUGUUGGUGGGCUUUCAACUGUUGAAUCAACAAUGGUAUUUCAGCCACAGCAGCAAAAGCAACAUAUUCAUGGUCAAAAUAAUCGUAUCUUGCACACCCUUGGUAGACAAAUGGGUAGUAGCUUCAGGUCUGGCUUGCAGCAGAAAACUUUUGGGUUUUCUAAUGGAUCCCUAAAUGGUGCAUUGGGAAUGAUGGGAAACAAUAUUCAAAUUGAUAAUGAACCAGGGACUUCUGGGGAAUAUCAGACUGUCACAUCUUUUGCUAAUUCGUCAAAACCUAUGCAACAACAUUUUGACCAACAUCAGCAACCCCCGAUGCAAGGUGAUGGAUAUGGAAUGAAUACCGAUUCUUUUGGGUCUGGAAACUUAUAUGGUGCUGUAACAACCGGUGGAUCAGGGAUGAACUCCCACAAUUUGAAUCCAGCUAAUUUGCAAUCUUUGACCAGAACAAGUUCUUUGAUAAAUAAUAAGUCAAAUUUACAUGCUGUGCAAUCAGCUGCCCAUAUGAAACCCCAGUCUCUGGAUCAGUUUGAAAAGAUGAAUGUUCAACCUCCUGUUUCUUCAAGAGUUAAUAUCCUUCAGGCUAAUCAACAGAAACAAUUUCAGCAGCAGCUUAAUCAGUUCCAGCAACAGCGGGAACAUCAGAAUCAGCAAAUUCAGCAGCAUCAGAAUUUGCACACCAAUACUGGUUAUAGCCAAUCUCAUAUGGCCUCUUUAAGCAGCCAAGUGAAAAGUGAACCUGGAGAGGAAUGCCACAAUGAGGUUCUACAUGAACAAGCUUGUGAACCAUUUACACAUUCUGAAUUGCGGAAUGGGUUCCCGAAUAUCCAUUAUAAAGAGCUCUCUAGUCAGCAGGAUAUGCUUUCAUCAAUCCCACAAAAUUCUCCGAUAAUGCAGCAGAUGUUGCAUCAAAAUCAAUUGAUUCCAGAAUCUCAUAACGAUUGUAAGCUUUCAGAUGAAGCACCACCAGAAUCAGGUGCACACAGCCAGUGGCACCCUCACUCACAAAAUCAGGUUCAAAUGCCGAAGAACAUAUCAGAGCAGCAUAUUCAAGAUGCCGUCCGCCAGAAAGUACCGGGGCAGGAUGAAGCCCAACAUAAAGAUUUAUCUGCAGAUGGAUCUUCUAUCAGUCUUGUUGUUCCACAAAGCUCAUCUGAUCCUUCAACUUCCAGGGGUACCUUCACAAGAUCCGGAAAUGGAAGCCGUGAUCGGCAGUUUAGAAAUCAAGUGAGGUGGCUUUUGUUUCUGCGUCAUGCUCAUAGAUGUAAAGCCCCCGAGGGUAAGUGUGAUGGCUAUUGCUAUACUGUACGAAAGUUGUUGAGUCAUAUGGAUAUAUGUGAAUCAUCUAAGUGUUCAUAUCCUCGUUGCCAUCACUCCAAGAUAUUGAUUCGUCAUCACAAGACCUGUGAAAAUCCAUCGUGCCCUGUUUGUGUUCCCGUUGUCAGUUAUGUACGGGCUCAAAAGGCACGUUCCUGUCUAAAACCCUCUUUUGUUCUGCCAUCUUUGGAUAGUGGAUCUACUGAAACUGUAGGUACUUCAGCUAGAAUGAAUUCUACAACUGCAUCAAUUGAUACCUCUGUAGAUCUACAGCCUUCACUAAAACGAAUAAAAAUAGAGCAGCCUCUUCAUUCUGUUACUGCUGAGAGUAAUGGUUCAGUAGUAUCAGGUUCUGCUGUGGCUGAGCAUCACAUAUCAGAGGAUAUCCGGUGCCAAGAUCGCCAACUAGCUGACCUGUCUAUGCCAGUUAAACUGGAGGCUGUGGAGGUCCCCAUGAGUUCUGCUGAAGUUAGUCCUGCUUUUAUUGAAAUGAAGGAUGCUGUAGAUGACAUUUGCAAACAGAAGACUGAUGGUGAAUCGAUUAUGUAUGAUGAAUUUAGUGGUCUACCGAAGCAAGAAAAUGCUAAUAUUGUGGAAGAGUCUGAUUUAGUAAAACAAGAAAAUAUGAUACAACCUUCCAAAAGUGUGGCUGUAACCAAGUCUGGGAAACCAAAAAUAAAGGGAGUGUCUCUGACCGAACUGUUCACCCCUGAGCAAGUUAGGGAGCAUAUUGCAGGUCUCAGACAAUGGGUUGGACAGAGUAAGGCAAAGGCUGAAAAGAAUCAAGCAAUGGAGCACUCAAUGAGUGAGAACUCUUGUCAGUUAUGUGCUGUUGAGAACCUUACUUUUGAACCACCCCCAAUUUAUUGCAGCCCUUGCGGAGCUCGCAUUAAGCGAAAUGCAAUGUACUACACAGUGGGAUCAGGUGAUACACGACAUUACUUUUGUAUUCCAUGCCAUAACGAGGCUCGUGGAGAUACCAUUGUUGCUGAGGGAACUGCCUUUCAUAAGGCAAGACUUGAGAAGAAGAAGAAUGAUGAAGAGACUGAGGAAUGGUGGGUUCAGUGUGACAAGUGUGAGGCUUGGCAGCAUCAAAUUUGUGCUUUGUUUAAUGGUAGAAGGAAUGAUGGUGGUCAAGCUGACUAUACAUGCCCCAAUUGCUAUAUUGCUGAGAUUGAAAGAGGAAAGCGGAAGCCCUUACCACAGAGUGCUGUCCUUGGGGCCCAAGAUUUGCCGAGAACAGUCCUUAGUGACCACAUAGAAGAGCGGUUAUUUAGGAGGCUAAAACAAGAAAGACAAGAGAGGGCAAGGGUUCAAGGAAAAAGUUAUGACGAGGUUCCUGGGGCUGAAGCACUUGUAUUUAGAGUUGUUUCAUCAGUUGACAAAAAGUUGGAAGUGAAGCCACACUUUCUUGACAUUUUUCAAGAAGAGAAUUACCCACCAGAAUUUCCAUAUAAAUCAAAGGUAAUUUUAUUGUUUCAGAAGAUUGAAGGAGUAGAAGUAUGUUUAUUUGGCAUGUAUGUUCAAGAAUUUGGAUCGGAAUCUGCACUCCCAAAUCAGCGCCGUGUUUAUCUUUCAUACUUAGAUUCGGUAAAGUAUUUCUGGCCUGAGAUUAAAGCAGUUACUGGAGAAGCUCUCCGUACAUUUGUUUACCAUGAAAUUCUUAUUGGAUACCUUGAAUAUUGCAAGCUACGUGGCUUUACAAGUUGCUAUAUAUGGGCUUGCCCUCCACUAAAGGGUGAAGAUUAUAUCUUAUAUUGUCAUCCAGAAAUCCAGAAAACACCGAAAUCAGAUAAAUUGAGAGAAUGGUAUUUGUCAAUGCUGAAAAAAGCUGCCAAGGAAAGUGUUGUAGUUGGUCUUACUAAUUUAUAUGAUCAUUUCUUUGAAUCUGCUGGUGAAUGUAAGGCCAAAGUUACAGCAGCUAGGCUUCCAUAUUUUGAUGGUGAUUACUGGCCUGGGGCAGCUGAAGAUCUAAUUAAUCAGCUUCGUCAAGAAGAAGAUGGCAGAAAGCUCAACAAAAAAGGAACCAAAAUGACCUUAACAAAAAGGGCCUUAAAAGCAUCUGGGCAGUCUGAUCUGUCUGCUAAUGCAUCAAAGGAUCUGCUACUGAUGCAUAAACUUGGUGAAACCAUUUCCCCAAUGAAGGAGGAUUUUAUCAUGGUUCACUUGCAGCAUUGUUGCACUCAUUGUUGUUGUCUAAUGAUAUCUGGAAACCGCUGGGUCUGCAACAAGUGCAAAAAGUUUCAGAUUUGUGAUAAGUGCUAUGAAACAGAGCAGAAACGUGAAGAACGAGAGAGACAUCCCAUUAAUCAGAGGGAAAAACAUAUUCUCCAUCCGGUUGAAAUUAUUGAUGUACCAACUGAUACAAAGGAUAAAGAUGAAAUUCUUGAGAGUGAAUUCUUUGAUACUAGGCACGCAUUUUUGAGUCUUUGUCAAGGGAAUCAUUAUCAGUAUGAUACGUUAAGGCGAGCUAAACAUUCUUCAAUGAUGAUCCUGUACCAUCUUCACAAUCCAACUGCUCCUGCAUAUGUCACAAGCUGUAAAAUAUGUUAUCUAGACAUUGAAACUGGUCAAGGUUGGCACUGUGAAGUUUGCCCUGAUUAUGAUGUAUGCAAUGCAUGUUACCGAAAGGACGGUGGUGUUGAUCAUCCUCAUAAGUUAACAAAUAAUCCAUCAUUGGCUGAACAUGAUGCACAAAAUAAAGAGGCGAGACAACUACGGGUUCUGCAGCUGAGGAAAAUGCUUGACCUUUUGGUGCAUGCAUCACAAUGUCGUUCUGCUCAUUGCCAAUACCCAAAUUGUAGGAAAGUGAAGGGACUUUUCCGCCAUGGAAUACAAUGCAAAACACGUGCUUCCGGUGGCUGUGUACUUUGUAAGAAAAUGUGGUAUCUCUUGCAGCUUCAUGCACGAGCAUGCAAAGAAUCAGGAUGUCACGUACCACGUUGCAGGGAUCUUAAGGAACAUUUGAGGAGGCUUCAACAACAGUCUGAUUCGCGGCGGAGGGCUGCUGUGAUGGAGAUGAUGAGACAGAGAGCUGCAGAAGUUGCUGGUAAUUCCGGGUAAAACGAACUGUAAAUAUAGGUGUAGAUGUUUUGAUGAAAAAUGCUCCUUUAUCCAAUAGGGAGGUAGACAAUAGUAUUGGUGCUGUGCCAACAGUUGACUGCUUAGAACCAGGCCAGCAAUGGGGAAAACCGGCAGAUAUAAGGCAGGAGAUAGCAUACAAUACUUCAAACUAGUGAUUGAUUGCUUCUUCAAUCCCAUGACUGAAUUCCCUACAAGGACUGCAUCUGCAUGCAAACAAAGUUUUACGAGAUCGGAUUGCAGCAGUAGUGGAGCUAUGCCCGAUAUGUGUCGGUUGACUAAUUUGAUGAUUCUUUAUAACUUUCAGCUUGGAUCUGUGGAAUUGGAAUGCUACCCGUGUGGCGAGUGUAUCAUAAUUAUGUUCUUAUAUGUUACCUCUAAAUUGCUUCGCAAAAAUGUAGGGCUGACCCCAUUUUUGCAGAAUAACUUAUAAUUUAAAGAUGUAGGUUGACGAAGGUACAUCAAUUCUUUUUCUAAUCGAUACUGGGAAAUUAUUUAUAAUAUAUACAUACAUGCAUACAAAUAUAUGUAAUUUGUAUUACAUAGUUCAAAGGUCUAUUUUUUU